UAUUGGAAAUUACCCAGAAGGCUCUGGGGACGAGGCCGUGAAAAUAAUCGAACUACCACAAAGGAUGCUGGGAUUGUAAUGGCGGGCUGGUGCUGAUGUCGCGAAAUAGAAACGAACUACCACCACUAAAAUAAGAGAAACUACCCUUACUUACAACCUGAACACUUUUACGAUUAUUGUUUCCUUGAAAGAUAGGAAAUGCUACCUUACGCCUAUAGCCUGAUGUCAGGAAAUCAUAGGAUAACACUAAGCUUUUGAAAUCAAAGACUGAAAAUGGAAGCGAUAGCCUAGUGCCGUCUCCGGAACACAAUUGGACACAUUUUACUUCCUUGUUAUUAACCAUUAUAAUUUGUACGCCGUUCACAAAGUAUCUACGGUCAUAAAGUUUAUAGGUCUUUUACUUGAAGAUGCGUAUAUUUUAGAGAAGGAGAGAUCUACCAAGAAAGAUGAGCGAGCAUUAUUUGACUUCCCAGUAUGACAAGAAGUCCAAAUACAACUAUGGACUGAAGAACUCGAAUUUAUAUGGAGCAAACUUAGGCUCUGUCUUCGCUGAUGGGCCCCCACCGCUAGAUGACACCCUUGAGGAUGAUGACGGUGAUAUCGUUUUCAGGGACAAUCAAUCGAAAUUAGCGGCUAACCUCAGCGAUACGAGCAAGGCAUCUCAGUUAUGCAACGAAUCCAUCAAUGGUGCGUCGAUCUCAAAUCAAAACACUUCUCCUGAUCCAAGUGAUAAUACAAAAGAUGAUGAUUUUGGUGGCUUUGCAAGUUUCGGAAAUUUUAGCGAUGAUGGAAACGCGAAAGAUUCUUUGGCCACCAGUUGGACGAUAACACCAUCGAAUGCAACAAAAACAUCACCAAGCAUAGAGAAGUUUCCAAAGGACAGCAAUAGAAAAACCGAAAAUUCUCUAAAGGCUUCGGAUAAUUUUGGGUGUUUCUCAGACAGUGAUGAAGAAUUUGAAAGUUUUCAGAGUUCAGAAGUCCAACCUGAUAUGCAUGCAGUAAAGAGUAGUAAUGGAAGUGUAUUGCCUGUGAACUUAUCUCCAAAUAAUUUCCAUGUCUCAAAUGUUGAUGGAGAUGAUUUUCAGUCCCACCACAUAAAAGAGAGUAUACCUGAUAACCAUGUGUCAAAAGUUGCAAAAUCCCCAGGUGUUCAGGAUGGGUUUGAAUGUUUUUCAGACAGUGAUGAUGACUUUGAAAGUUUCCAGAGCUCACAAGUCCCAUCUAAUUUGCCUGCUUACAAAAGCAGUACUUCUGUGCAAGUAUCUAAUAAUCAGCCGUCAAAUCAUAAUGAUAAACAUGCAUCUGGGUCUGAAGGUAUCUUGUUUGACACUGGUAAAUCCGGAACAACUAACAAGGAAGAGCCACAUGAAAUUGAUGAUCAUAAGAAGGUUGAGUCACUGGGCAACCUAUCCUCUGAUGAAGACUUUGGGGAUUUUGCAUUACAUAGUCCCCCACCUCUGGAUGAUUUAACAAGUUCUAAAACUGGCCAUAGUGAUAUAGAGAGCAUUAGUUCUGGAGAUAAUGGAUUUGGUGGUUCCACUUGUAAAGAUAAUUCCUUUUCACCUAAGGAAAUGGCAUCAUCUACUUCUGAUUCACAGCUUGAUAGCAAAAGGGAACAAGGUAAUUCAGAUUAUGGAUUUAAAGACUCCGGUGGGUCUCAGUCUGGAAGUAAGGGAAUAUCUAUUGUUAAAUCCAGGCAUGUAAGUGAUUCUCAAAGGAAUAGAGACAGUCCAAAAGAAUUAAGACAUCAAGGAGACAAUAGGCAUUUUUCAUGUGCAGCACUUUCUUCAGACAAAGAACCUGGCGAUAAUCACUUUGGUGAAUUUGCAGAAAGCUCUUCAGAGGGUCAACAGUCUUCCAAGGAAUUACCCUCAUUGCAAAUGGACAUUAGUUCUUAUAGUGGGAAAGAUACUCCAGAUGAUGAUAAUAGUUUUAGUAACUUACAGGCAAUCACAAAAGGUAAUGAAGAUGGUGUUGAACAACCUACUGAUAAUUCCAUCCAUGCUACUGUUGCUAGUCACAAUGAUGAUGACUUUGAUGAUUUUGAUGGGUUCAAGGCCUCUAUACCUACAACAACUGAUAGCAAGUCUGAUGAUCCACACAUUUAUAAAAUAAGAUUUGAGAAAAAUGAGGACGAUGACUUUGGUGAUUUUGAUGGCUUCAAAGCAUCUGUAACUACAACAACUGAUAGUAAGUUUGAGGGUUCACACGGUCAUAAAAUGGGAUUGGAAGAGAAACAAAAAGAGGAUGAUGAUGACUUUGGUGAUUUUGAUGGCUUCAAAGCAUCUGUAACUACAACAACUGAUAGUAAGCUUGAGGGUUCACACGGUCAUAAAAUGGGAUUUGAAGAGAAUCAAAAUGAAGAUGAUGAUGACUUUGGUGAUUUUGAUGGCUUCAAAGUAUCUAUACCUACAACAACUGAUAGUAAGAUUAAGGGUUCACACUGUUAUAAAACAAGAUUGGAAGAGAAUCAAAAUGAAGAUGAUGAUGACUUUGGUGAUUUUGAUGGCUUCAAAGCAUCUGUAACUACAACAACUGAUAGUAAGUUUGAGGGUUCACACGGUCAUAAAAUGGUAUUGGAAGAGAAUCAAAAUGAAGAUGAUGAUGACUUUGGUGAUUUUGAUGGCUUCAAAACAUCUAUAACUACAACAACUGAUAGUAAGAUUGAGGGUUCCCACGGUUGUAAAACAAGAUUGGUAGAGAAUCAAAUUGCAGAUGAUAAUGAGUUUGGGAGUUUUGAUGGCCUCAAAGCAUCAGCACUCAAAACAGAUGAUGAGGAGCAAAAUUCGAAGGAAAACCAAAGUGCGAUAUCAACUGAAGACAAUGAGGAUAAUGGUUUUGAUGACUUUCACACAUCAACCCCAUCAGCAGCCAAGGACGAUUUCAAUGCUUUUUCUGGUUCUCCAGAAAACUUGAAAAAUCAGUCACUUAAGACAUCAGUUAUGCAUACUGGUGCUGAUAAUGAUGAUGAUGACAAUCAUGAUGGUUUUGCUGAUUUUGAUGAUUUUAAGUCAUCAGAAGCCAUACCAGCUAAGGACAAUUUUGAUACUUUUUCCUCUGCUCAGAAGGCCUCACCCCCUGAACAGAAACAAUUGAAAUCAACAGAAACAAGUGACAGUGAUGAUUAUGGGGAUUUUAGUAACUUUGAAACUCCCACAAAAGAGUCUUACAAUAAAAGUGAUGGCUGCACUGGACAAAAAGGAAAGUUAAAUGCAAACAAGGAUGAUGAUUUUGGAGAUUUCAGCGACUCUGAUAUGAAGAGCAACUCUUUAAAGACUGUUAUCCCUAAAAUUGCUUUGCAAACAAAACAAAGUCAAGCAAACCCCUCAAAUGAAAAAGAGCGUGUGGAUGAUGGCUUUGCAGAUUUCAGCUCAUCUGAAACAUCUGGUUUUGCUGAAUUUUCUAGUGCAAACAAGAGUCAUUCAGAUCCUUCAGAUACUACCUUCAAAAAAACAUCUAUAGAAACAACAACCAUAUCUCAAAGCAGUACUUCACAAAAGGGAUUGUCAAUCUUCAAACCACACCCAAACAGUAUGAUUAGUCAGCUUGCUGGUCCAGUUUCUCUGAGUAUUACACGACCAGAUGACUUUAAGCUUGGCAAAUCUUUGGUAGUGUCAUUUUUGCUUAAAAUACUGGAAAACAACAAAUCAAGCAGUAUGUUGAAGGAGCUACUUAUGUCCCAACAAGAUGGCAGUCUAAGAUUUGAGUGGUCACUCUCUUGCCAUCACAGCAAGUUGCUGGAAGCCCUCAACAUGCUACCUGUCAGAUCACAGACCACUACAAGUUUUCAGUCUACAUCUAAAUCAACUGUGAUGCCAUUUUUUUCCACUGGAAUGGGCCUCUUGGAACCUACAAGAGGAGGAGUUGCUCCAUCUCAUACCCAGGACACUACAUUCACACAAGAUCCAUUCAGCCUUCCUUCACAUUCAAGCAUGCAAUUUCCUAAUGUUGGUUUGGGCCUGGCCAAAUCUGCUCUUUCCAGACAAUCAGCACCUCUAGAUUCCAAGGACAACUCAUCGUCUGACAGCUUGUCGUCUGAGUCCUCUUCCCUAGACUUAGACUUCCUGGCUUCCAGCACCUCUGAACGCAAGCCUGCAGAGAACAGAGGUGUAUAUGAGCAGGAGCUACUUGGCCUCAGUCUCCAGCCAUCAGACACAGCCAGUCCCAGUCCCUUUGCAGAGAGUCCUUCUCUACCCAGUGGGGCAGAGGCGAAGAAAGUCUUCAAAUUUGGCAAUGUCCUCAUCCCAUUGAAUAGUGACCAAGGCAAUAAAGACCUCAGUGGUGCUGCUAAGGAGAUAGCAGAUGAUUUGGAAGAUCUUUCAUUCAUGCUCUCUAAAGUGCUUAUGUUCCCAUUGAAAUCCAAGUGAUUUGACAAACACUUUUAUCAGUGUUCACUUCCAGUUGAGUAGUUAUUAAAAGUGACAGUUUUCAAAGGGAUUAUAAACUGUAAAAGUUAGGUCCUCCCUACGUCACAAUCAUAGUGUAUGUUGAUAUAUCUCUAACAUAUGUAAUAUGAAUAAUGUUUGUCCAUUAUAGUUGGUGAUUACCAGAACACCACUUUAAUUUUUUUUUUUGGGGGGGGGGGGGGUGGUAAAGUGCAGUCUGGCCGCCUUGACAAAUUAGUCUGGUUUGCCGCAAACAUUACAAGUAAUGCCAGUAUCUGGUGUUGGAAAAGUGGCUCUGGCCUUCCAGAUCUAGUGUGUGUAUAGUGGUAAAGCUAACAAAGCAGUACUCAUAGUGUAUAGUUAUAUCUCUCAGUGUUUAAUAGCCCAUGAGAAACCAAGAUAGGAAAAAGAUUGAAGGGAAAUUUCUGUGUUAAAAAUUGACCUUAUUGAUUUUUUCAAGUUUUUAGAAAUCUCUUGAAUGCUUGGCAAAUCGUGAUAAAACCAAUGAUUUACUGCUUAAAAUUUUGAAUGAUUCCUUUUUUUUUGUUUUACAACAAUAACAUUAAAAGAAUGGGUAGCUUUUAUUUAUAUUCAGGCCAAGCCUCCAGCAAAUUAAUCCUUAAAUCGCAUAUUAAUCAUUCAGCAACCUUCCAGAAUCCGUUGUUAUUGAAAUAUGUGCUUUUAAAUGUGGUAAUUUUAAAAAGGGAACAAGAAAAAAAAUGACCUAGCAACAAAGCUUGUAACCUCACUAAGCUAGUCUCAUCAUUUUUUUCAACGAUCUUCACACUAACCACCUUGACAUUACUACAUACACCUAUUUCAAAUAAGGUUGCACUCGGAGAAUGUGUGUAUCGUAACACGCAGUGCUUUAUGGGUAUUAAGUAAACAAGCAAAUGAGCGUAAAUAAAAUACAAAUCCAGGCUCCAAAAGCUGUAGAAUUCUGGUCCAUGUUCUUAUAUGAACAUUCACAUAGCUUUCAGAUACAAGGAUUCAGUUGUUUACGUGCUACCCAUGAACUACCGCGGGUUAUCCGGUAAAUGGGUUCUCAAGUGCAACCUUAUUUUAAAUAGGUGUAUAUUACUUUGACAACAGUAAUUCAAAUAGAGAUAUGUAAAUUUGGUAUUUCUUUGAGUCUGUAUGCCUCUGGUAAGGAAGUUUUUAUCAGAAAUCCUGAGGGGAGAAGGGAAGAUUUUGACUCAGGACACCUUACAAUUUCAGAGCCCCCCCCCCCCUCUCCCCCUGUAAGAAUUCCCAGGAUUUUGGUAGAGGGCUCCAUUGUUUUAGAGCAUCAUCUUUGAUGCUUAAAGAUUUUCAUAGACAUCCCCUCUCCAUAUUACCCCGAGUAUCAGGUGAUUUUAUUUUUCAAAAGUUGGAGAGGAAAAAAAAGCUCUUUUUAUAAAAUAAUACUCUUUUUUAUUAGGGUCUGACACUUAAGCUGACUCGGUAUCUCUACCCCCCCCCCCCCCCCCCCCCCAGCCCCUCAGGGUUCUUAAUGAACACUCCCUGACACUAAUUAACCUUAUAAAGAGUAUCUGAUAGAAAACCACUCAUAUAAGAUAUAUAAUAUGUAUAUUUUUUAUCUUAAUAUAGAGCAUCCAUUAACCAGUCUUAUGCAAAUUAUAGCAAGGGUUAAAUACAGGGUUAUAGCUAUUAUAACGCCAAAGAAAAUUGGCGGUUAACACACACCAAAAUGAAAUAAAAUUAUGCCAUUAAAA